CUCGGCCGCCGUCUGGGGGCUGAGGCGGCGCGGGGACGCGUGCGCAGUGCGCGGACGGCCGUCGUGGGCGCCGCUCCGGGCAGCUCGUUGCCUGUGGAAGCCGGGGCCGCGGCGGCGCGGGUGCUCCGGACCGAGUGCGCGUGUAAUGUUCAAGCCCAGAAAUGCCUUAUGUGGAUCGUCAGAAUCGCAUUUGUGGUUUCCUAGACAUUGAAGAAAAUGAAAACAGUGGGAAAUUUCUUCGAAGGUACUUCAUACUGGAUACCAGAGAAGACAGUUUCGUAUGGUACAUGGAUAACCCACAGAACCUACCUUCUGGAUCAUCACGUGUUGGAGCCAUUAAACUUACCUACAUCUCAAAGGUUAGCGAUGCAACUAAGCUAAGGCCAAAGGCUGAGUUCUGUUUUGUUAUGAAUGCAGGAAUGAGGAAAUACUUCCUACAAGCCAAUGAUCAGCAGGACCUCGUAGAAUGGGUAAAUGUGCUGAACAAAGCUAUAAAAAUUACAGUACCAAAGCAGUCAGACUCACAGCCUAAUUCUGAAAACCUAAGUCGCCAGGGUGAUUGUGGAAAGAAGCAAGUGUCUUACAGAACUGAUAUUGUUGGAGGUGUACCCAUCAUUACUCCAACUCAGAAAGAAGAAGUAAACGAAUGUGGUGAAAGUAUUGACAGAAAUAAUUUGAAACGGUCACAAAGCCAUCUUCCCUACUUUACUCCUAAACCACCUCCAGAUAGUGCAGUUAUCAAAGCUGGAUAUUGUGUGAAACAAGGAGCAGUGAUGAAAAACUGGAAGAGAAGAUAUUUUCAGUUGGAUGAAAACACAAUAGGCUACUUCAAAUCAGAACUGGAAAAGGAACCUCUCCGUGUAAUACCACUUAAAGAGGUUCACAAAGUCCAGGAAUGUAAGCAAAGUGACAUCAUGAUGAGGGACAACCUCUUUGAAAUUGUAACAACGUCUCGAACUUUCUAUGUGCAGGCUGAUAGCCCUGAAGAGAUGCACAGUUGGAUUAAAGCAGUCUCUGGCGCCAUUGUAGCACAGCGGGGACCGGGCAGAUCAGCGUCUUCUGAGCAUUCAGAAUCCAAGCACGCUUUCCGUCCUGCCAGCGCAGCCGCCGCCUCACAUUCCACAGCCACCCGCAGCAACUCUCUGGUCUCAAGCUUUACCAUGGAAAAACGAGGAUUUUAUGAAUCUCUUGCCAAGGUCAAGCCAGGGAACUUCAAGGUCCAGACUGUCUCUCCAAGAGAACCAGCUUCCAAAGUGACUGAACAAGCUGUGCUAAAACCUCAAAGUAAAAAUGGCCCUCAGGAAAAAGAUUGUGACCCAGUGGACUUGGAUGACGCGAGCCUUCCAGUCAGUGAUGUGUGAGACGGAAGCGUGUGGAGCCUGCGCCGUUGGCCAUCCUCGGUUUCCUUUCAUGAGGCCUCCAGCCAAAGAUGAUAAAGGGUGGAAUGGUUUCUAAUGCAUAUGUUAUACCGCCUCUUAGAUGUACCCUUUAUAAGCUGGUAAACCAAGAAUCUAGGGAGUGGCCAAACUAAAUAUAAUUUCUUUUUUAAAACAAAGAAAGAAAGGAAAAGUGCUAAGUGUCUCAGUAUCAUCUGUCUGAAGCUUUGUGUGUUCUCAUUUGGGUGGUAAAAAUGUGUGUGUGAUUUUGUUUUCCUAGUGACUUUGGCAGUUUAAAUGUUAAACAACUUAAACCAUGAAAAAUGCUUAUUGAUUAUUUUGGUCAUUUUAAAAUGGCUACUCUGAAUUUCUAUUAGAUGUUUGAUAUUUACACAUUCUUAUUGGUUAAUAUUACUGAAUGAAAUAUUGCCAAACUAAAAUACCUAAACUCAUGAAGUCUGUGGUGCUGUCAAAUUUAUAUUAUACUACAAUGUGGACUAUUUUGAAAUUAUAACUAUUUUUGAUGCCCUGGAUCUUGAGGUGAGUGGUAAAUUUUGCAGAGAGGAUAUUAUCAGUGAGGGUUGUGGGUUGUACUGGGGUAGAGAAAAGGGGAAAAUUAGAAUUCAAACAACUGUAUCUUAUUUAUUUGAAAAAACUUAAUCAGGACUUGCAGCAGUCAGUGCUUUUAUUCAGUGAAAAUUAUUUGGUAGAAAAUUUUGGGGGGAUCUGAUUUUCUUAUCAAAGUUUUGUAAAUAGUUCUGAUUUCUAUAUUUGGAUCAUCAAAAGACCUCAAGUUUAUAUGUAAAGACAUAACUGCCCUUAGUCAUGAAAUUGUUGUGGCCUCCACUUUUUGUCACUAAUGACCUAUAAUCAAGUGCCUGUGUUUUUUCAUCUUGUUUAGGAAUGUUUUCAGAUUAAUGUGCUUAAAAGUCCCACAUGAUUGGUUUUAAACAUUGGGAUAAAAUUAAUUUUCAGUAGCAUAGUUUAAUGUGUUAAGUAAGAUAGCAUUUUAUGUUAGAAAUACCAGAAUGCUGGUAUUCUACUACCUGUGCAAUAUAUAUCUUCUAAAAAACAAAUUUGGAUAUACAUUUAAUCAUGGGAUAUCAUAAAUAUAAGCACCUCUCUAAAGAAUCCUUAGUUUCAGGUGUUGAAUUAUAGACCAGUUUGAGCAAGUACCAUUUUUUCAGUUCAGUCUUAAACAUUUGCUUUAAGAAAACAGCCUUGAAUUUCACAUGCUGCUAUAUUUAUGAUAUUUUGCCAUUUUACAGUACUGUUUUGUUUUGAAUUCGUACAUAUCACCAUUUCUCCUUUUCAUUUUCUAAGAUGACUUUUUGUCUGAGACAGAGAAAGAGAGAAAUUUCCUACUAUAGUGGUGGGGUCCAGAGGUUAAGAUAUAUUAUACGAGAACUACAUAGUCUCAGUUUAAAAAUCCAUAUGCAUAAAGAAUGCACCACUCAAUUUUUUUAUUCAUAAGCUAAUAUUUUUUAAAAGUUAUAUUUAGAUUUUUUUCUCUUUUGCAGCUACAUUUUAAGAUGAUAGAAUGAAAAAGUUUUAAGUAAUCACUUUUUCUGCUGAUAUGUCCAUUAUAAUGAUUCUUUUGAAAGGUCCUUUUUCAUGAACACACCUAAGAAAUCUUAUAGACACUUUGCAAUAUUCAGAGCCUGAUCCUGUUUUCUUUGGUAGAGCUUCCACAUUGCAUGUUCAUUUUAGCGUAUUUUGGUAUUGGCAAUUUGAUAUAUUUAAUGGUGGCAAAAUAUUAGCUCUAUUUUGGGACUUUUUAUAGAAUUACCCUUAUUCAGUAGUAUAGGAAAUGUUCUUGUGAUUGUCAGGGUCUCUUAAUAUUUAUCUCAAUUCCUUUAUAAGUCUAUGGAAAUUAUUUAAUUAUUUUAAAACUUACACUUUUGUAAAUAUGUCACAUCUGAGUUGUCAGAAAAUUACUUUGAAUAUCUUAAUAUUUGCUGCAUUUUUUUCUGUAUAUAUACCAUGUCUUCUUUUGGAAUGGAAUAUGUGUACCUCCCAAUGUUUAUUGUUAUGUCCUUAUCUUUAUAUAUGUCAAACUGGUUGAACACUGUAAUGACUUGAGAAUAAACUGCUCAGAAUUUAUUCUAACUUAUUUCUCAUUUUGUUUGGUCCAGCUCUUGUGUGAUCAAGUAAAUAAAACUAGUAUGGAAA